CGGAGCUCGGGGGCCGGCUGGGGGUGGGCUCCAGAGCCAGCCCCUCCCCGGCCGUAUAAAUCCCGAUUCCCCCUGCAGACAGUCGUCCCAGCCCUGCUCAGCCGCAGCGGAGCAGCCGCGGGAAGGCGUCCGGAGCCGCCGUCGCAGCUGUGCCGGCGGGGGAAGCCUCCCCGCAGCCCGGGGGCUCCCCCCAGCAGGGCCGGGGGUGCAGGCGGGCACCCCGCCAUGGCUUUCACCAUGCUGCGCCCCGUGGCCGCCCGCGUGCUCUACCCCGACCUCAGCAUGCUCUCGGAGGAUGAGGAGAACCGCAGCGAGAGCGACACGUCGGACCAGUCGUUCGGCUGCUGCGAGGGCGCCGAGGCUCGCCGCAAGCUGCCGCGGAAGCCGGGGCCCAUGGUGAUGGUGAAGCAGAGGCAGGCGGCCAACGCACGGGAGCGGGACCGGACCCAGAGCGUCAACACGGCCUUCACCGCCCUGCGGACCCUCAUCCCCACCGAGCCGGUGGAUCGGAAGCUGUCCAAGAUCGAGACCCUCCGCCUGGCCUCCAGCUACAUCUCCCACCUGGCCAACGUGCUGCUGCUGGGCGAGGGCUGCGAGGAUGGGCAGCCCUGUUUCAGUGCCAUCUAUGGCGCCAAGGGCGACCUGGACAGCAAACAGCCCCGCAGCAUCUGCACCUUCUGCCUCAGCAACCAGCGGAAAGGGGGCAGUCGGAGGGACCUCGGGGGCAACUGCCUGAAGGUGCGUGGGGUCACCCCSCUGCGAGUGUCGCGGAGAUGAGCCRGGGUCYGGCAGCACCCACCUGAGACAGCGGCAGAGCCAGAGGGAGCCUGCACACGCCAGCCCAGAGACCGCAGCGGGGAGGGAGGGAGCUGCUCACCCGAGGUGGCAGCGGCCGAUCCCAGGCUGGCACCACACCGACACUGGCCCUGGAGCCGGCAGUGGGGCGAAAGGACGUUCCUGUGGCCGAGGCUGCCCAYGCGGGGCAGGACCGGGGAGGGGGGGUCCCCGCGCCCCAGGGCYGGACUGGAAGGGGCCCAUGUGCGGCCAGCGUCGAGGCGCUCCGAGGGGACGKUGUCGCGGCCCUGGGGACGCUGGCUGUGCACGUGCAGCUGCUUGGAAAAUAAAACCUUAUUUUUCUGAUGGGCCGGUGCCUGCCUCUCACCCCAGUGUGGGGUGAGGUGGGGGUCCCCAAGAUGGCCCUGGACCCCCAGCCCUGCACGGCUGCUCUGUGCCACUGGAACCAGUGUAACCAUCCCAGCUCUCCUGUGCCACAGUGGGAUUCAUGUGGGGUGAGACCCCUGGGUGAGCUGUUCCCGUGUCCCCAGGCCCUGAUGACAUCUUUGGCCCUGCAAAGGCUGCAGAAGUCCCAAGGGGAUCAGUGCCAUGCCAUGUGAUGGGGAUGGCACUGCCAGCCCUGUGCUGCAGCCAUGGACAACCAGUGGAGUGGGGAUUGGUGUAACUGCUUUCGUGCCUUCCCCUCCACCUGGUACAUCAUGAGUGGCACAGUGUCACUGCCACCAUGACUGCCACCAUUGCCACCACCACAGUGGGUGUCCCCAUUGUGACUGUCACUGCCACCAUGAUGGCCACGCAGAGCCAUGCAUGGAGGGGCUGCAGGCAGCAGCACCUGCACRGGGUCAGGUGAGGACAUGGGGGGUUCCCAGGCCAGACCCCCACAUGGGAUUCUGCUUGAGGGGGCUGGACUGGCCAGCCGGCGCUGAGAGCUGAGCCUGGGAAUGGUGCCGUGCCGGGGCUGGCGGCUCCCAGGGGCCAGUGUGUCCCACGGAGCAGAGGCAGCUGUGGAUGGGGCUGCUGGGGGCUCCCCACAAGGGCUGAUGAACUGGAGCUGCCCUAUCUCCCUGGGGUCCUGGAGCCAGCACRGAGCAGGGGGAGCAUGUUUGGGGGUCCUGCUGGAUCCUGCCCCGGGCAGGGGCUCCACUGGGAGCCCACGGCACCUCUCAGCCCCCUGCUCACCGAGGUGAGCCUGCCCCRGGCUCCCUCCCCCGGGUUUGAUUUAUGGAGCUGACAGCGUGGUGCAGCUGUGAGAGCUGGUCCCAAGCAGGGACCGGGGUGGGUGGGAGAGGUUUGUUCUCAGCGUGGCUAAUGUGUCCCAGACCCCAAUAAACAGCCGUGAGAUUCUCCAAAC